CUUGAGUUUUCCCAUAAAAAACAAUCUCUUCAAUUUUCAAAGCUUUGAUAGCUCUACACAAACAAAUCCAUCCAAGAUCCAUUUAUCCUAAACCUAAGAAAAUAAAAUUAAAUAAAAUCAGUGUCCAACACCACCCACCACACCAAGAGAACCCACCAAAAUACUAAUACUUUUCCAUCAUAUAUAUAUAUGACCCACAUGAGCACACAAGUUUCAUUCAAGUCCAUUCUUUAUCUCUUCAACUUCUAAACUCCAAAAAUCCCAAAUGGGUUUCAGGGUAAUUACUCUGUUUCUUCUAUUCUCUCUAUUUUGCCAUGUUCUUCUUGGUGCAUCAAUAUUCCACAAUGUAAGUAGCAUAGGAGGGAAAAAGCCAGUAAUAGCAAAUGGGUGCAAUUUUUUCAUAGGAAGUUGGGUUGUUGAUCCUUCUUAUCCUCUCUAUGAUUACUCAAGCUGUCCCUUCAUUGAUCCUGAAUUUAAUUGUCAAAAAUAUGGAAGGCCUGAUAAACAGUACCUCAAAUACUCUUGGAAGCCUGAUUCAUGUGCCUUACCAAGGUUCGAUGGUAAAGAUUUUCUAAACAAGUGGAAGGGAAAGAAGAUAAUGUUUGUGGGUGACUCGCUGAGUCUAAACAUGUGGGAAUCGCUGUCGUGUUUGAUUCAUGCGUCGGUGCCCAAUGCAAAAACCAGCUUUUUGAGGAGAGAAGCACAGUCUACAGUAAUAUUCCAGGACUAUGGAGUAACUAUACAACUAUACCGCACACCUUAUUUGGUGGACAUAAUUCGAGAAAACGUUGGAAGAGUGCUUACAUUGGACUCCAUUGUCGCUGGAGAUGCUUGGAAAGGAAUGGACAUGUUGGUCUUCAACUCAUGGCAUUGGUGGACCCACACUGGAAAAUCACAAGGAUGGGAUUAUAUAAGAGAUGGGCCUAAUCUAGUGAAGAACAUGGACCGUUUAACGGCCUACAAUAAGGGAUUGAGCACUUGGGCUAGAUGGGUUGAUCGAAAUGUUGAUCCUUCUAAAACUAAAGUCGUCUUCCAAGGGAUUUCUCCAACUCAUUAUCAGGGCAAGGAGUGGAAUCAACCAAAAAAGAGUUGUAGUGGACAACUUCAACCAUUAUCAGGAUCAACAUAUCCAACAGGUCUACCACCAUCAAGUAACAUAUUGAAUAAUGUGUUAAAGAAUAUGAAAACAUCAGUUUAUCUUCUUGACAUUACACUUCUUUCACAACUAAGAAAAGAUGCACAUCCUUCUUCCUAUAGUGGUGAUCAUGCAGGCAAUGAUUGUAGCCAUUGGUGCUUACCAGGAUUACCUGAUACUUGGAACCAGCUCUUAUAUGCAGCUAUUUCAUGAGUGUGAUUUUUCAUCAUCAAGUGUUUAUAGGAUUCUUGAAUGAUUUACUAAAGAGAAUAAGUUCAACUCAAUAGAGAGAUUCAUAUUGGAUUUGUUGCACAUUAAGAAAUGUACUUAAGGAGGGGACAAAUUUUACUUAUUUUAUUGAAUCAAAGAUUAUAUACAAGUUUAUUAUUGAUUGAAAUUGAAGCACAGAGAGACCAUGUAAAAUAUUCCAUACUUGUAAGUUGUAACAGCUGCCAGUAAAUUAAACAAUGAAAAUAUGGCUCCAUGUUUAUUAGUUAAA